UCCAAACACUCAGCGGACAAGUGAAGGGCGGAGCUUUUGCAGAAGAGGCAGCGCGACGGAGCAGAAGGGGCGGCGCGACCGAGUAGGAGAAGAUGGUGCGGCACGGCGGCGGCCGUGAUGAGCUUGUGGCGACGCUGGACCAGCUGCUGCUGCCCCCAUGCGCCGGCGCCGUGGGAGGACCUCGUUGGCGCUGCGAAGGGGGCACAUCUCAGGUUGGGUAGGCCAUCGCCGGCGGCGAGCACGUUCCACUGUGACAUGUCCGCCACAGCCAGUCCUCUCCCGCCUCCCCCGAUUCCGUGUCCUUGUCCAACGCAAAUCAAUGGAGCUGCCGACCCAGAUUGUUGUUGGCUGCUAUAAGAAGGGAGGGUCCUCGGCUCGAAUCUCCAUCAAGUCAGUUUUGGACGAAGCAUCCAAUGUCGACACCGAGUUCGCCGCAGGAAGAAGCGCCGAUUUCGUCGGAGGUAGAAGAAGCGCCGAGUUUGGCGAAGUUAGAAGAACAGCCGUCGAGCUGUCCAAUGUCACCUGCGUCGGCUACAGCAGAAAUCACACAAACACAAGGCGCAAGCAUUAGAUUAUGCAUAUUUGACCGGGAUCUCAAACGCGACCGUUCGCUUAUCUGUCCAUGCGGGGAUGCAAUUCUUUAUUGGAUCCAAGUUUAGGUGGAACGUUCGCUAUGUAGUGGACAUCGUGACCGACAUUGAUGACAAAGAAAAGAAGAGGUAACAGGUAUUUCAUUAUGAUGAUGUUCCAUACUGCUCCUAUGGAGUCCCUCUUUGGACUGUUGGACGCAUAUAUCCAAUGAGACUACUUUUCCGGUUGUUGGCUGGAGCUAUCACUAUGACUGAAAAUUUCUUUUCAGUCAAGUAAAUUUAUAUGCUCACCAGAAACCAAUGACAGGUCAACACUUAUCAGCAGUUUGCAAUCUUUAUUAGACUAUGCCUAAGCCAAAUGUUGCUUUAGUUAGGCAAUGUAAAAAACAUGGUCGUGAUUUAUGUAGAUUGGGCAGUCCAUUCAAACUGCAUUUUUCAAUCAUGAGUGGACGAUUAUAUGUUUUCUUAUAGAAAUUGACUAUAUGUUUGAUGUAUUUACUAAUUAUUUUUGUCCCAUCAGAUUAAACUAGGUCUUAAUUUGAAGGUACAAUUUAGGCUGUUGGUGCUGGUUUUUUUAUUGUACUAAUUAUGCUCCUUAGACAGAGACAUGUUGUCUUCCUCAUUCCUCAGUCGAUAUGAGCUGGGCAUAGAUCGAUGACCCGGUUAAUCCUAAUUUAUUGCAACAUAUGUUUUCUCC